UCUGUAGCCCGACAGUUAAUAUUAAUGUUAAUAUAUAACUGAUUACCUAUGGGGCGUAUAGCUGAUUUAUGUUCAAUCCGUCGCAGUGUGGCAUUGUAAGCCAGUAUAUCAACAACAUCGAGUUAGAAUUUCCUUUCUGUUAGUGAAUCUUCUCACGUUUCUUCACCACCAAACCUGUAAAUACCAAGAUGUCGCAAAAGACCGUGCAGCAGUUGGAUUCAUACAUUAAGGCAACAGCUGUCGUGUACGACCACUCCAACACCAAACUCAUCAGCAGGAAGACUAAAGUCAAACCAAGGAGGAAACAAGCUUUCCUGUCUGUACUGCAUUACAGGAAAACGUCUGCGGAUGAUUGCUGUGCAAAGAGUAGACGAUCGAAACAACGGGUUCCACGUCAAUUGGGGUGCACAAAUGAAAGCCGAAGCCAUGUCAUGAAACAGAAGCUACAAAUCUUUGUCCAGACUCCCGUCUUACAUACACCAAAGACGCUUUGUUUCCGUCUUGAUCCAGAGACAUCCAUCUCAACUCUUAAAGACUGGAUACAACAGACGAUCGGUGUUGAGGCACGAUAUCAACGGCUGUACAUCCGCAGAAACUUUCAGCUUUGUGACUUGUUGACGCUUGAAGAUAAUGGCAUCGAGAAAGACGAGAACAUCUCACUUCGUCUAUCAUUUGAUGGUUUACUUGGCGGUGGACCAAAAGGUAGAGUCUGACAGAAAAUAAGAUAUUGGUUCAAUCAAGCAAAUGCUCCAAUAAUGUCCUUAACUAAGUAUGGCACGAAAAUGCACGUGUAUUAAACUGUCCGGCUUCGCGAUUUUCGCUGAUCUUCUGUAACAUUACAUUCUUCAAGGACAAGUAAAAAACAUUACCAAGAAACCCGGACUGACGGUGUUUUCAUAUAUUGCACAUUGACUCUAAUCUUUCUUGGUAAUUUUUAUAUCAAAUAAGUAAUUUUGAAUUACAGAAUGACCUGUGGGGUCUCCUUUUUAUUAUUGUAUAUUUC